CUCUUGGAACUCUUUGAUAGUGAAGAUCCCCGCGAGCGUGACCUCGUUAAGACCAUAAUGCAUCGUAUUUAUGGCAAAUUUCUCUCCCUCCGUUCCUACAUUCGUCGUCAGUUUAGUAACGUAUUCUACAAGUAA